GAUGUUGAAUGAUCUAUUAAUCUGUGGUUGAAUGUAUUUUGUAAAUAAAAUCUAAAAUCCUAUAAUUUUAAUUUAAAAAGCGUAUUUUAUCCAAAAAUAUUAUGAAAUGUGAAUCUAUUUGAACUUGUAACACCUAUAUCGGGAGAAAAUGUUAUUAUGAUGUAUUUAAUUGAGUCAGUAGAUCGAUAAAUUAAUAUCAAGAUGUGCAGAUUUUUGCCUCUUAGAGUAGGUGUGAAAGAUUCUUUAGUUUUAAUUCUAUUGAUGAUUUUCAAUACAAUUCAUGUGACUGAUCUUGCCAAAAAUGACAUGGACCUUCACAGCAAGCAAAGCAAGUUAAAAGAAGACACAAACAACAACAAAGCCAACUUUAACAACAAUGAUGAUGGAAACAACUGCCCACAGAAUCAAGAGAAUACAACUGAAUGCUCCUCUCUACAUUACCCAUGCAUUUCCUGCUCUGGCACUAGUGAUUGCAUUUAUGGAGGAGAUUAUAAUUACUCUUGUAGGGUGAAUGCCAAUGUGGUUUGUAAAGGCUUGAAAACAUUCAACAGGACUGCAAUGUGUCGUUUUUGUUAUCAAACAGAAAAGUGGGAACACAGAUGUGAGCAGAAAGCCAACUGCAACUCCUUGGCAUCACCUACAAAGUAUUAUUUGACCAACUGCACAGUCUCCGACGACGUCAUAUGUCUGGGCAAGCGGAAGUUCCUCAAAAAGUUGCGAUGUUCAUGGACUUCUGGCACUAGAUGGGGAACUGCGCUCAUACUGGCGCUAACCCUCGGAGGCUUUGGCGCCGAUCGCUUCUACCUCGGCCACUGGCAGGAGGGGAUUGGGAAACUGUUUAGUUUCGGAGGCCUUGGCGUCUGGACCUUGGUAGAUGCGCUGCUGAUCGGCAUUCACCACCUCGGCCCUGCCGAUGGAUCUGUAUUCAUUUAAGCUUGUUGUAUUAAUGUUAAAGUAUGCGCCAAAAUUCGAGCCUGCUUUGAACGCCAGGUGUAUGUUUGUGUAGUAAUUAUAUCCCAGUUCCCAACGAGGUUAUGCGCAUUUCGGCAUGUCAGAGUGGACUCUAAGUUUGGCGCAUACCUAAUCUAAUAAUGUAAUUUAUUCAUUUUAGUGUAAUAAAUAUA